UGCUCUACUUCACCUGACUUCAUUUGAUCUCUCUUUUCUCUCUCUGUGUGCCAAGAAAAUUACUCUACUGAAACCUUUUUAACCCAAUCAAGAAAAUUCAAGAAAGCUCCUUUUUGGUUAGUUACUGUCUAUGUUCUUGAUAUACGUGUCUUUAUCUCUCAACCCUUUUUGAAGAUUGAUGUGUUUUUUGUUUUUUCGAGAUUGGUGUUUGUUGACUCAGUUGAAAAAUGGGAGCUUUUGGUUCUUGAUUGAAAAAGUUUGUGGCUUUGGGAUUUGUUAUGUUGAUAUCAAGUGUUUGGAUUGACUCAGAUUUGAAUCUAUACUAAAGAUCUUCUAAGCGGCAGAAUAUGUGGUUGUUGUGAUACGGACACAAAGUUGCAGUUAUAUCUCUAAAAUAGUAGGGUAGUAGGAUGGGUUGUGAGUGUUCUAAGCUCGCCUCGUGUUGCUGGUCUGGACAGAAUGGUCCCGUUCACGAGGCUCAGAAUCCUGAUGACGAAGCAAGAGAUGAAGUUAGUGAUUUGCCUACGUUCCGCGAGUUUACUGUUGAGCAGCUGAGAAUAGCUACUUCUGGAUUUGCGGUAGAGAAUAUAGUUUCGGAACAUGGUGAAAAAGCUCCCAACGUUGUUUAUAAGGGAAAGUUAGAGAACCAGAGGAGGGUUGCCGUCAAACGCUUCAAUAGAUCCGCAUGGCCUGAUUCCCGCCAGUUCUUAGAAGAAGCAAGAUCGGUUGGUCUACUCCGCAGCAAUAGGUUAGCAAAUCUUCUUGGUUGUUGUUGCGAGGGUGAUGAGAGGUUGCUUGUGGCAGAAUUUAUGCCCCAUGAGACAUUGGCAAAGCAUCUUUUUCACUGGGAGACACAACCCAUGAAAUGGCCAAUGCGGUUAAGGGUGGCGUUGUAUCUUGCACAGGCUCUCGAGUAUUGUACGAACAAAGGGCGGGCACUUUAUCAUGAUCUUAAUGCUUAUAGAAUAUUAUUUGAUGAAGAAGGCGACCCCCGUCUCUCUUGCUUUGGUUUGAUGAAAAACAGUCGAGAUGGAAAAAGUUACAGCACAAACUUGGCAUUUACUCCCCCUGAAUAUUUGAGGACAGGAAGAAUUACCCCGGAGAGUGUCAUGUAUAGCUUUGGGACGCUGUUGCUUGACCUUCUCAGUGGAAAACAUAUUCCUCCAAGCCACGCCCUUGAUUUGAUUAAAGACCGGAAUCUUCAGAUGCUUACGGAUUCUUGCUUGGAAGGCCAAUUUUCUUCUGAUGAUGGAACUGAGUUGGUAAGGAUAGCUUCAAGAUGUCUGCAAUAUGAGCCACGCGAGCGGCCAAAUGCGAAGUCACUAGUUGCUGCUUUAUUUCCUCUCCAGAAAGAAACCGAGGUUCCUUCUCAUGCUUUGAUGGGUAUAUCACUUGAUGGUGAAACUAUGUCUCUGUCUCCACUUGGGGAAGCCUGCUUGAGAAUGGAUCUAACUGCCAUCCAUGAGAUUUUAGAAAAGCUUGGGUACAAAGACGAUGAAGGAGCAGCUACUGAGCUUUCAUUCCAGAUGUGGACAAAUCAGAUGCAGGAAACGUUGAAUUCCAAGAAAAAGGGCGAUGCUGCUUUCAGGCACAAAGAUGCUAAGGCUGCUAUCGAAUGCUAUACUCAGUUUAUCGAUGUUGGAACCAUGGUCUCACCAACUGUGUAUGCUCGGCGUAGUCUGUCUUAUCUCAUGAGUGAUAUGCCACAGGAAGCCCUCAAUGAUGCAGUACAGGCACAAGUAAUAUCUCCUGUAUGGCAUAUUGCUUCGUAUUUACAAGCUGCUUCUCUUUUUACACUGGGAAGGGAAAAUGAGGCGCAAAUUGCACUUAAAGAGGGUUCUGUUCUUGAAGAAAAGAAGAACACAAAUUCCUGAAAGUGGCAAGUUGAGCCAGUGUGAUCGCUCCGUUGCUGGCGGGGUUUGGACGUAGAUCACAAAAGUUUCUUGUUUUUCCAGCAGAACUGUGGGUGGAGAGGCUGUUCAAUCUGUCGCCUCGUGCAUGCGAUCAUUUAACAGGUUCGGUUUACUUAAGAGCAUUCUUUUGCAACAUAAUUGGAUGGGGUUGGUUUUGGUCACAGCUUUUGUGGGAAUAAUACAAUGCCAUUGGUUCCUAAAGGAUCCAACAUCUGUGGAAAUGGAAAGCUGGAGACACUUCUCUGUGCUGUAAUUUAUGUACAGUGCUUUUUGUCUGCUCAACUGUUUAGAUUCUGUGUCUCUUUUUUCUUGAAUCCUUCCUUUUCUUUCUUCUCUUGGUGUUGGGGGUCAAUGUCCUUUCUUUGUGGUGUUAAUUAACUUUGCAGUGCUUAUUUUAAGUAAUUUUAACUUGCAGAAUAUUGUUUGUAAGGUUUGUGUCUUAUUUCAACUAUCAAUCAGUUUGAAUGCUUGUGGAUAA